AUGAAGUCCUGGAAGAUUGUCGCGAUCUUCCUUUUCCAGGCCAUCGGCCUGAAGUACCAAGAGCAAGACGAUCCGUUCUGCGAAGGAGACCUGCUUAGCAAGACAAAGGUCUUCCAAUGCGAUGAGCAAGAGGAGAAGAUGUGCCAGGAUAAGUACACUAUGGUCAACCCUGAAAUGUACACCCAGUGCCAACUCAUCAACGGAGAAUGCCUGGCACGAGGUCCGCCCUGCAAGGAUCUUGGCAUUUCCGGCCUGACCUGCUCCAGCUUGUCGGAGUGCGAAGGCAAAGGUUGGAAGAAGACUUGGACAAGUGGUACUGACACCAAAUUCUCGAAGGCCUUGGGGAGCUGGGUUUUGCUUGGAUAUGUCAAGGACAACGGAGAGAUGUCCCAUGCCUGGUUCUUUAAGACUCCAGAAAGCUGGAAGUCCACUCAUCCAUACAAGCUCCAGCACAAGGGCGACAUGAUCAAAGCCAUUCGUCAUUGGGGUCGUAUUUGCCUUCGCGAGAAGACGCCCCCGAGUGGUGGUUGGAAGUGCGACGGCAAAGGGAACGCCGAAAUCGAUUUCCCCUAUGUCCGGGGAUAUGGCUCCGGCAACGGCUGUGGCAGUUCAAGCCUGAGCUCCUUCAAUUGGAAUGCAGGCACCAACUUCUGCAGCCAGGGCUUCAAGGUCUUGAUCAUGACAACGUCGGCCCGGUACAUGGAAGUCAUGGAAGGUGGCCAGAUGGCCAAGAACAGAGAUCAACAAGAUGGCAGAGUUGAACUGGAGGAUGCAUUUGCAGACACAGACCUGCCAGUGCACCUGUUGGUUUCGAUGCCUGCAAGCUGUGGAUAUGCCCAUUUCAUCUAUGUAAGACGUGGUUCCAAUGUGGCUACGGUGGAGGCCAAUCAGGAGGAUGUUUACUCCGUUGUCCUUGACACCCAGAAUUUGAUCGUCGAGGUCGCUUCCGGGAAAGAUCGGCGGACCUGUGUAAAGCUGCCCAGCGGUGAGCAUCCGCUGCGACUCGGUGUUUACGUCUACAAGGCCGGUGAGGUUGCCCUCAGAGACAACUCGCACCGAAGCGGAUUUUUCUCAAGCACGGAGGGUUUCUGUGAUCAAUUCGACCAAGUUGGGUUUGAUUAA